AUGUCGUUCACACUCAGCGUUCGCCAGGGCCCCGCGCGCCUGGCGCAGCGUCUGCCCGAGCUGUCCAAGACAGCUUUCCGACCGGCCGUGCGCAACUUCCACUCGGCUAAGUCAUCGCCGCGCGUCGGCGCCAGCUUCUUCACCUCGCGCAUCACCGCCCAGACAGCCCGCAAUGCGUUCUCCAAGCAGGGCGCCCGAUCCUACCAGCAGCAGUUUGGCACUGCGGCCGCGCCCAACCGAACGCGGCAACUGUUGGUGGGCGGCGCCAUCUUUGGAGGCACACUCGUGGCGAUCAACAUGGUCUUCAACCGCGAAACCCGCGAGGACGGCGGUAUGCCGCUGUACGAGCGCGAAUAUCUCAACAACACAUUUCUGCACACCGGCCUCGGCAUCGGCAUCAUUGGCCUGACGGCGAGGCAGAUGAUCAACACUGGAUUCGUGUACCGCAUCAUGGUAACGAACCCAUGGGUCGUGGGUCUGGGUGGUCUGGCUCUGAGCUUCGGUACGAUGAUUGGCACCCGAUCCAUCAGCCCUGACAACUACGUUCCCAAGUACGCUCUCUGGACCGCCUUCAACGCCACACAAGCCGCCCUGAUCGCCCCUAUGCUUAGCAUGGUGCACCCUGCCCUCCUGGGCCGCGCUGGUCUGUACACCGUGGCCAUGAUGGGCGCCAUCUCGAUCGUAGGUGCCACCGCCAAGCAGGAGAAGUACCUGUACAUUGGUGGUCCCCUCCUGGCUGGUGCCGCUCUGGUGAUGGCCUCUGGCUUUGCCCCCAUGCUCCUGCCCGCCACCGCUGUCCGCACACUCGCGUUCACCGAGAACAUCUGGCUGUAUGGUGGUCUCGCCGUCUUUGGUGGCUUCACCCUGUACGAUGUGCAGAAGAUCUUGCACCACGCCCGCCUUGCUGAGAGGGGAAUGAUGCGCAAGGACGCCGUCAACGAGAGCAUUUCGCUUGAGCUGGAUUUCCUGAACAUCUUCAUCCGCAUGGUGCAGAUCUUGGCCAUGCAGAACAACCGCAAGUAG